AUGCUACUUUCACCGACUUUCUCGAUCUUGUUACUUCAAGCUGCCUCCUCUCUGGCGAUACCAGGAAGUGUGGUUAAGCGUGCUGAUCCUGUGGUGCAGCUGGACGACACGACAGUCACAGGAAUCGCUAACGGGACUGUGAACCAGUUCUUGGGCAUUCCGUUCGCUCAGCCUCCCGUUGGAUCCCUGCGCUUCCAGCUCCCACGACCACUACCCAGCUAUAAUGAAAGUUUCCCCGCAACCGCAUACGGGCCAGUGUGCCCUCAGCAAGCGUUUAAUCUGACUAUACCUAGUGAUUUACCUGCUGAGACUCAGGAAGUCUUGGAGGUUAUGAAUUCCGGGAGCACUCGUACGAUCUCAGAGGACUGUCUGAGCCUGAACGUUAUUGCACCGGCUAACGCAUCUGUGGGAUCCAAACACCCUGUGAUUGUGUGGAUAUUCGGUGGCGGGUUUGAGGCUGGGGACCCCGCCGCCACCGAUGGCUCAGUGAUUGUUAACAAAAGCAUCGACCUCGGAGUUCCUGUUGUGUAUGUGAGCAUCAAUUACCGCACUAAAGUGCUGAUUACCCUAGCGUUUGGCUUCUUGGCUGGCAAAGAGGUUCAAGAGGCAGGAAUCGGCAAUCUCGGUUUACAAGAUCAGCGCCUUGCACUGAAGUGGAUCCAGCGCUACAUCGGCCAAUUUGGCGGAGAUCCUUCCAAGGUCACGAUCUGGGGAGAGAGUGCAGGCGCGAUCUCUGUCGCCCUCCAGAUGGUAACGAACAGCGGAAAUGCCGAGGGACUUUUCCGUGCUGCUUUCAUGCAAUCUGGGUCACCGAUUCCGGUUGGCGAUAUCGCUCACGGGCAGGUGUACUAUGAUUCUCUGGUCAACCAAACAGGAUGCUCAAACUCAUCUGACACGUUGAAAUGUCUUCGUGGUGUGCCUUAUGAUACGCUGAUGGACGCGGUCAACAACACGCCUAACAUCUUCUCUUACCAGUCCUUAUCAUUAGCAUGGCUACCACGCGUAGAUGGUAUAUUCCUCACCGAUGAUCCCCAGCAGCUCGUUCUGCAAGGCUCGGUCGCUGACGUUCCCUUCGUCACUGGAGACUGCAACGAUGAGGGCACAAUAUUCUCAUUCGCAAACCUCAAUGUAACCACGGACGAUGAGUUCCUCACCUACAUACAAAUGUACUAUACCCCCGGUGCCUCAGUCGACGAAGUAAAGCAGAUCCUGGACCUAUAUCCACAAGAUCCAGCCGAUGGAUCGCCGUUCAAUACAUCUGACCAGAAUGCGCUAACGCCCCAAUCUAAACGUCUCGCGGCAUUUCAGGGUGACGCGAUAUUCCAGGGCCCACGUCGUUCCUUCUUGCAGCAGCGGGCUGGAAAACAGGAGACAUGGUCGUUCUGUAACAAGCAAUCAAAGGCACUACCUUACCUUGGCUCUUACCACGGCUCCGACAUGGAGAGCAUCUGGGGAGACGGAGCCAUGUCCGAUUACUUCCUCCGCUUUGUUACAAAUCUCGAUCCGAACGGCAACACCAGUAUUAACUGGCCGAGGUACACGUUAGACUCGCCGAACAUGCUCACUCUCCUUGAUGGGUCUAUCCCGCUCCAGAUCACGCAGGAUGAUUAUCGCGUUGAGGCGAUGCGGGGUGUUAGUGGGCUUAUGCUAAAGUAUCCUUUGUGA